CUCACCUCCCUCGUCUCAGCAGCCAUGGCCUCACCUCAAUCCAUCCCCGGGCCUUCCUCCCCGCGGCCUCAUUCCCUUCGCAGCGUCGACAGCACCUCCUCUUCGCCGCUCGAGCUGUCCAGCGCCACACUUGCGCUCCUGGGCCAGUUCCAAGAGCAGAAGGCCGAGGAGACGGAGCGCUUUCGCCGCCUGGAAGAGCAGGCGGAGAGGAGGAGAAGAGAGGCCCAAGGCGCAACAUUGGCGCCGAGAGAUGGAGAGGGAGAGAACGAGGUGAAGCCGGUGGGAGAGGCGCAGCGGAUGAGUGUCGAUGAGUUCAGACGCGACUUUGGCGAGAGUUGGCAGUUGUCGCAGUUCUGGUAUUCGGCCUCCUUCUCCUCGCAUCUCGCCUCUCUCGUGCACGCCCAGCUCUCCUCGUCGGACGCGACGCUGGCCUUCAUCUCCUGUCCGACGGCCUACGUGGGCUUUCAGCAUGCAUACGACCGCGGCAACACGUACCUGCUCGAGUACGACACGCGCUUUGCGCUGCUGUCGGAGCAGGAGUUCGUGCGGUAUGACCUCGACGAGCCGCUUGCGCUGCCUGAGGGUCUGAAGGGCAAGGUGGACUUCAUGGUCGUCGAUCCGCCGUUUCUGAAUGAGGCGACGUGCCGCAAGGUGGCGCAGAGCGUGCAGGCGCUGCUGGCGCCGCACGGACGCAUGCUGCUGCUGACGGGCCGCAGUGUGUCGGACACGGCGAAGCGCGUGUACAAGGAGGUGGCGGGCGUGCAGCUGCGAGACACGCAGCUCAGCGUCGAGCAUGCCGGCGGCCUGGCGAACGACUUUGGCGCCUGGGCCAGCUGGCAGGGCGCCGAGGAGUGGGGAACGAGGCAAUAGAUGGGCUUGCCAGACGCAAG